AAAAUUGUGUGCGGCCUCGGGGGCUGAGUUUACGUUUCGAGUAUAAAAAGCAGCAAUAACGUCCUACCAGCAUCAGUAUCCUCUGAGCCUUCUCUUGUGUAUCAACAAAGAACCACCCAAAAAAAAACAAAAUGAAAGCCUUCGUGUGCGUAGUCCUGCUCGCCGCCGCCGCCCUGGCCGCCCCUGAAGGCAAGCGCGACAAGCGCGGCUACCUAUCCCUGGACCACGGCCACCUCUCUCUGGACCACGGACUGGACUACCACUCCCUCCACGCGCCCCUCUCGCUCUCGCACUACCCGUCCCUGUCGCACUACGACAGCCUGAGCCACCACGACCUGUCGUACGGCCACGGCUACGGCCACGACCUGUAUGCCCACGGACACGGGCUCAGUCUGCUGGACCACGCUCCCGUCCUGCACUCGUCUGCCAAGAUCGUCUCCGUCAACAAAGUCGUUGAGGUCCCUAAGGUGGUGUCAGUCAAGAAAGUAGUGUCAGUCCCUAAGGUGGUCUCUGUUCCUCAGAUCGUGAAGGUCUCCAAGCUGGUACAUGAGCCCACUCUUAGCCUUUCAUCCCACAACUCUGGUUGGUGGUAAACUAGACUACCCACCUUAGUAUAGAGGCUACUGUUGUAUUACCAAAUCUAUGAUUAGAAAUAUACUUUAAGUUUUUUUACUGA